AUGUGCAAGAGCAGGCAUCAUGAGUUGUUACAUGUGAACGAGGUCGUUACAGAAUGUGCAACAACGGGCAUCACGAGUUUUUGCGUUCGGACAGAAUCGGCGCUGCAGAAUGCACAUGUAGUGCUCGAUCACUCGCAAACACCCUCGCUGUUACUUACUGCAGUAGUGCACUUGCUAUAUCACGAAAGCAGGCCGCACGAGUGUCGUGUGCUCCUUGAUUCGGGUUCCGAAGCACAUUUCUUAACGAUCCGGUUCGCGAAUCUUCUGCGAAUAGCUAAACGGGACGCGAACGUGCCCAUUUCUGCCGAAAACGAAACGGAAACUAGAGUCAAAAAGGCAAUCUUAGCAACGUUAAAAUCGCAAGCAGAAAAUUAUGCGGUAGAAAUACAAUUAUUAUUAUUACUCACUGUAACGAAUAGGUAUCCUUCGCCACGAAAUUCACGAGAAGAAUUGACUAUACCCGCAGGGAUCCAAUUGGCAGAUCCCAAGUUUUGUGAGCCCGCGAAUAUCGACGCGAUUCUCGGUGUCGAAAUUUUUUCUUCACUUUUGCGUGCAGGACAGAUCAUUGAAGAAGCAGCUGAGAGUAUUAUUGGGUCGUACGAAGAAAAUUUUUGCGAAUCACAUUAUAAAAACAACACGCGACGGGAUGAUACUGGCAGAUAUAUAGUGAGCCUGCAUUUUAAGGAAGAAAAUAAGUUAGGAGUUUCGUAUACGAGCGCGUUACGAAGAAUUUACGCCUUAGAGCGAUCAUUAUCGCGCAAGCCGGAAAUUAGAAAUGAAUACAAUAAAUUCUUAUCCGAAUAUAAAGAACUAGGACACAUGACAACGAUAGAAGUGGGACUACACGAAGUUAGAUUCUAUUUACCGCAUCAUGCUGUACUAAAGCAUACUAGUCUUACGACAUUAUCAAUCGAAAGUUACUCAGCGCGUUAUAUUGUCCAAAAUUUCGCAGGAAAUUGA